CUUUAUACCCAAAAGGAAGAAACCAUUAUAUUUUAGCCUUCAGGCAGUUUCUUCUGCGGUUUCUUAUUUUUGUCUUUUUCAAUAAAAGAAAAACUUCUUAGGACUUGUAUUUUGAAGAUAAAAAGAGUAGUUUUUGGAUCUUAGUUGAAUCAUACCCUAAUGUUUUCUAGAGGCAUUUGGCGAGCUGGAUAUUUACCCAAAGGGAGUGCGUUUCGUCCCCAAGGUUUAAGCAAUAUUUUCUCUCGGAAUGUCAUGAAUAUUCAUUCGAAGGAGAAUGGCUAUACUUGUGAAUUGAGCUCCUCAACUCAAGAUGUUGAUUCUUUCUUUUACCGUGUCUUUGGAAGUAAGAGCUAUAUUCCAAACCAAGCCUUAAAAGAACAAAUUUUCACUCACAAGUCUUACAAACAAGGAAGAGUCGCCUACAAUGAGCCCCUUAUUUCCCUCGGGGUCGCGGUCGUUGAUGUGUCUUUGAUGAAUCACUUUUUGAAAGAUGGAGAUGUAGCCAAUGUUCCAAAAUACUCAGAUAUUACAAGAUUUCGCUCUCCACGGCGAAUUGCUUCGGCUACGAAAGAUUGGCAACCUGAAUCAGCGGCUCGCUGCAUGCUUCCUUUACUCGAUGUGAAGUCUACUGAAAAGCCACCCCUAGAAAGAGUUUUGAGCACUACAAUAUUCAGCCUUGUUGCUGCUAUUUAUUUGCAAAAGGGAGGACAAGAAGCUCUAAAGUUUUGUGAUGAACAUUUAGUUACACAGUUAGUUCAUCAGAACGAACGUAUUGAGAAAUAACUUCCAUCUUUUACCUACUUUCAAAAAAAAAAAAAUCCUUCCCCUUUCAAAUGGCUUGUUUAUCCUUCUUUUAAUGCAUCAAAUAUUACUUCAUUACCAACUAGUCUAUUUCAGUUUUUUCGAGCCCUUUUUUUUUCGAUGAUGCUCAGAAUUUUUAUUAAUAAUACAUUUCUUUAGUCAUUUACCCUUAUCCGUC